AUGGUCGCGAUCAGAGGCAAGGCGCUGCAGUACGUCGCACUAUGCUCAGGUACGCUCACGGCGCUCUCGUGCGGUUUCCACUUGGGAUGGUCAGCGCCUUACGUGCCUCAGUUGGUCAGGGACGGGGCAACGAUUCCUGUGUCGGACGGCGAGGGCUCCUGGAUCGCGAUAUCGUUCCUGAUCGGCGCUUUCUGCGGAUCGGGAUUGUCGGGUUUGCUGCUGGAUCGGGUGGGACGUAGAAAGCUGAUCAUUUUCACGAGUCUGCCUUUCGUCGUGUCGUGGUUGAUGGUGGCGUUCGCGACGAGCAUCUGGGAGCUGUGUCUUGCGCGAUUUAUCGCCGGACUGCCCGAUGGGGUUGUCUUCUGCGCGGUACCGCUGUACUUUGCCGAGAUCGCCGACGCCGAAGUGCGUGGACUGUUCAUGUCGGCUCUAACCUUCAUGCAGCUGGUGGGUGUUCUUCUGAUGGGCGUCGUCGGGCCGCACUUGCCUAUGAAGAGCGUCGCGUUGUACUGCCUUUGCGUUCCUGUAGUUAUAUUCGCGACGUUUUUGUUUCUUCCGGAAGCUCCCCACUAUUACGUGGUGCGAGGCGAGUUGGAACGUGCCAGGGAGAGCUUGCGAAAGUUCACUGGUGUUGAGAACGUGGAGGAACAUCUAGGAUCCAUUUUGGAGACAGUGGUCGAGUGUGACAACUCCAAAGGCACCUUAACUAACUUCUUGACCAACGAGAAGAGCAGGAGAGGCAUUCUGGUUCUGCUGGUGCUAAGAGGCGUGGAACAAUUCAGUGGGUAUAUCGCCUUUGUGUUUUAUUUGCCCGCCAUUCUGGAGGAUGCCAAGGAUUUUGUGUCGCCCACCACAUCUACCGCCAUUUACUAUAGCCUGCAAAUACUUGUUGCUUUAGUAGCAAUGGUGAUCAUCGACAAAGUUGGCCGAAAGCCUCUGUUGCUUAUUUCGGUAACCAUCGUGAGUAUCUCACUGUCACUGGUUGGGGCGUACUUCACGCUACAGAAUCUAUCUGGCAUCGACUUAAAAGACUACUCCUGGAUACCACUCGCAGGUCUCUUACUGUUUAUAGUAGGAUACAGCGCAGGGCUACACUGCAUUCCGCUGCUGUUGCUAGGCGAGUUGUUUCCAAUUGGAGUCAAGGUCCUAGCAAUGUCUUUAUUCGACAUGUACUAUUGUCUAAUAUCAAGUCUCGCGUCAAAGUUCUUCCAGUACACGAAGGACGAGUUUGGCAUGCACGUUCCUUUCUUAACGUUUGCCCUUUGUUGCAUUUGUGGUGUACCGUUUACUAUUUACUUUGUGUCUGAGACCAAGGACAAAACCCUGGAAGAAAUUCAAAUGGAAUCAAAGUCAAAAGCAAAGGUCUAAACGAGCAUGUGAUAUUACCCAAUAAGAGCGUUUUAAUAAAU